AUGGAGAACUGCAAUCCUUCUCGUGUCCCGAUGAUCACAGGUUUCGUACAACAAAAGGAGGAGGAUAGCGACUCGUUGGCAGAUGAACAACAGUACCAAAGUCUGAUCGGUGCUUUGUUGUACAUUGCUGUCAAUACGCGCCCAGAUAUAGCCAUCUCAACUUCCAUUCUCAGGCGGCGUGUCACCAAACCAACAUCGGCGGACUGGAACGAGGCGAAGCGAGUGCUUCGUACAGCAGACCACGUGCUACAUUUGGGUGGCGCAGGUAACCUUCAACUGGAAUGCUUCGUCGACGCAGAUUGGGCUGGUGAAGUCGACAACAGGAAGUCCAACACUGGCUACAUUUUCAAGUACGGUGGCGGACUAGUUGGAUGGGGAAGCAGAAAGCAGACGUGCGUAUCUCUUUCCAGUACCGAGGCAGAGUAUAUCGCACUGGCAGAAUGCUUGCAUGAGCUGCAGUGGCUGCGACGAUUGGUGGACGACCUGGGCGAGCAUCUAAUGUUACCUAUUGUCGUCAAUUAG